AGGGUGGAGGAGUCGACGGAAGGACCUGUGCUGACCUGCUUCGGCCCCUCCGGUGGCCUGAUCUUCCUCGGUGUGUGACGGUUUGCGCAGUCCAGCAUCAUGGGGAAGAGAGACAACCGGGUGGCGUAUAUGAACCCAAUAGCAAUGGCCAGAUCAAGGGGUCCAGUCCAGUCUUCAGGGCCAACGAUCCAAGAUUAUCUGAAUCGACCAAGGCCUACCUGGGAAGAAGUGAAAGAACAACUGGAAAAGAAAAAGAAAGGCUCCAAGGCGUUGGCUGAAUUUGAAGAAAAAAUGAAUGAGAACUGGAAGAAAGAAUUAGAAAAACACAGGGAGAAAUUAUUAAGUGGAAGUGAAAGCUCAUCUAAAAAAAGACAGAGAAAGAAAAAAGAAAAGAAGAAAUCUGGUAGGUAUUCAUCCUCUUCUUCAUCAAGCUCUGAUUCUUCCAGCAGUUCUUCAGAUUCUGAAGAUGAGGAUAAGAAACAAGGGAAAAGGAAAAAGAAAAAGAAGAACCGUUCACAUAAAUCUUCUGAAAGCUCCAUGUCAGAGACCGAGUCAGACAGUAAGGAUAGUCUGAAAAAGAAAAAGAAGUCAAAGGAUGCAACUGAGAAAGAAAAGGACAUUAAAGGACUUGGCAAAAAGAGAAAGAUGUAUCCUGAAGAUAAACCUUUAUCAUCUGAGUCCUUAUCAGAAUCAGAUUAUAUUGAGGAGGUACGAGCGAAAAAGAAGAAAAGCAGUGAAGACAGAGACAAAGCAACAGAAAAAACAAAAAAGAAAAAGAAGCAUAAGAAACACAGUAAGAAAAAGAAAAAGAAGGCUGCUAGUUCGAGUCCUGACUCACCAUGACAUUAGAAAAAAUCAGGAUUCCCUUAUAAAGUGCAAUGUCUGAGGAGAUCUCAACUGUGAAAAUAAUGACAUAUUUACUAAAGUGCAUGAAUAUUGUUGUUUCUAGCAUUAUUCCUGGACUGUUCAGUAGCCACUCAGAAUGCCGCUGUGUGAAAGGGCCAUAAUAGUUGCCUGCUGCCUGAACAUCUGUCUUUUUCUCUUCCACUGCUUAGUAACUUUGGGAGAUAAUACACUGCAGUCAUACUAGUGGUUGUUAUUUGGGAAUAAAGUUAAUAUUUUUGACUAGAGGCAUCAAAUGAUAAAUUGACAGAAUUUCAGUCUGGAUACAUCAUUAAGAUGUACACAGAAAUGACCAGAUGACUCUAACAUUUUUGAAGUAGGGAUUGCAUUGAUAUUUCAGUAUCCUUACUCUGUAGAUAAGUGUAUUUUAAUUUUUUCCCCCUUGUAUACUUUUAUUAUUUACCUGGGGAAGGAACUUUCAAGGGUUGGGGUGGUUUGCUAUUUUCUUUAGCAGAAUAGUGUGCCUUUUAUCCUCAUACAUCCUAUUUUUGUGGACACAGUAGCCAUGCUUCAUGGGGAGGUCAGAGCUGGGUAUGGCAGUCCUGCGCUUCACUGAGGUUAGUAACAUCCUUGGACUCUGCCGUAUGCUGCUUUGAGUGAUCCAGAGAAAUGGCCUUUUGCAGCUCGAGAAAGCCCUGGAAGCUCUGGGAUGUACCUCCACUUCGAUAAUACUGAAUGAUUGUUAGUAUUAGAAUGUGUUAUAACAUUUGAAUUAAUUUUGACUAUACUUUGGCUUUGGAGAGGAGUCAUUUCAAAUAGACACUGGUACUUUUUGAACUUGAUAGCUAAAGAUUCUAAGAUGCAUGUUUUAUACUGUUAAGUUUUAACCAGUCAGGAAAAUUUUAUGUAACCAGUGAUAGUUAUUUUUUGUAUGAAUUUUGUUUAGGCUGUAAUGUUUAGCUUUUAUUAACUUUUUAUUCUUGCUAUCUUAAAUUCCUUACUGCAUUUAAUGGCGUUCUUGCCAAGAUAUUUAGCAUGUGAGAAGCAGGUUUUUUGUUUUGUUUUGUUUUGUUUUGUUUGUAACAGCUUCAUAUUGAAGCUGAGAUUUACCAUAUACAAGUUGAAUGGCAAGUCUGUUAUGCUGUGUCUUGUUACAUAAAGCUCUUGCCAGAAUCUUAGUAAGUAUAACAUUUUAAAAGUUUUGUCUUUGUAUAUUCAUAAAAAAAUUAUGACAAGUUAAACUUAAUUGAGAAUGACAUUAUUGCUCUUUCUGUGUCAUUUUACUAAGAUUUUGUGCCUCAUAUCUCCUGCUGAAUUGUUUACUAGUUAAAAGGGAUUGAUAAUUCAAUUUCACUUUACAUUUUUAUAUAAUCAGGUAACAAAAUAUAAUUUGAUGUAUAAUUUUGCCUGCGUGAUAAUUAUAGUGUUAUAUGCACAAAACAUUUUGGCAUGACAAGAGGCUAAAUAAAUAGCUAUUUUACUUAAAAAUAGCCAAGUUCUUAUCAACUCCCUUUGAGUCACAAGUAAAGUUACAAUGAUUAAGAAACACUACUAGGUGUUAAGUGGUAGGAGGAUAAGACAUGUCUUCAAGUUUUAGCUGUAAAAAUAACACAUUUCUUGGUUAGUUUCCUUAAAUUUUAUGCUUAGAGCUUCCUACUCUUACCUAAUAAAAGACAUCUAUAUGUUCUUGAGUACACAGUAAGUUUGAGGGACAUUUUGCAUCCAGAAGGAAGUUUCUCAGAAUUGUUCGUGCAGAUGCUAAAAGAUGAAGUUUAUCAGUUUAUUUGUUGAUCAGUUUUGCUGUGAACAUAAAAGUGUACCUUUGCAGACUGGCCCAGUACACGAUGAUUGUGUUCCACUAACAGCAACUGCUUAUUUUAUAGACUGGGGAAGAAAGAGAUUUAGCAAGAAAAUUAUACUGUUUCCAGACCAUUGACUGUCUGGGAGAUAACCCUUUUCAUUGUUUCUCUUAUGGUAACCUUAACAUUCUCCUAAUAAGUUGUGGGAAGAAAACUUGACUGGUGAUGUUAUAUGCAGGUCCACAUCUCUGACUUCCCCCCUCCACCAGAUCACCCCUUUUCAACACAGGACAUGUUAUUUGGGUAAUUGUGCCAGGGUAACUGCAACAAAACUGAUGAAUGUCUACAUAAAAAAAAUUGAAUUUAUAGCAAUGCUA